AUGGAUGCAACACAUAGAAUGGUUUGCCAAGAAGACUUGGUCAACCCUUUAUCAUCAAUGGGCGUCCAGGUUUCCUUCAUUCUUGUCCUUUCUCACUUCUUUCAUCUCGUCUUGAAGACCUUCGGGCAACCGGGCCCCAUUGCACAGAUUCUGGCAGGCAUAGUGUUGGGUCCCACUGGAUUGUCAAACAUAAAAGCAAUUCGAGACGUCUUUUUCCAGGCUUCAGCUGCCGACUACUACGAAAUCUUUGGCUUUCUAAGCCGGAUUGUUUUCAUGUUCCUUAUUGGUUUAGAGACCGAUUUCCCCUACAUCGUCCGCAACUUCCGUGUCUCUGGCAUCGUUGCAUGUGGAGGUGCUGCGGUUGGUAGCAUCUUCGGCAUUGCUGUCUCCUUCUUCCUCUACCAACAAUUCGAAGAGAAAAGUAGCAAGUUCGGGUUUUUCAUUAUAAUCAUGCUGAUUUUAGCCUACACCGCCUCCCCGAUUGUCAUCCGCCUCGCCGCCGAAUUCAAAUUCGCCACUUCUGACAUCGGAAAACUCGCCAUUUCAUCAGCCCUAAUCAAUGAAAUGACAUGUUUGGCCGUUUUCAAUGCAAUUUUAGCCUUGAGAUCUUUCCAAGGCUUUGGAAAAGGAAUUUUUUGUACUCUAUUUAUUACUGGUGUUGUGAUACUCAACAAGUACUUAGCAACUUCAGUGAUUAUUGAGCUAGAAUCUUUUAACAGCAUUGUUAGCAGCUUUAUUUUUGGGCUAAUGUUUCCAAAAGAAGGCAAAUCAGCAAGGACUUUAUUGCACAAAUUGACUUAUUCAGUGCACAAUUUUAUUUUGCCAAUCUAUUUUGGGUAUGUGGGAUUCCAAUUUGAUGGGAACAAUCUUUGGAAAAUGAGCAAUGUGAUUAUUGUGGCAAUUAUGGUAUUGUUGAGUAUUGGAAGCAAAAUGAGUGGUACUUUGGCUGCUUGCAACUACUUGAACAUCCCUUUGAAUGAAGGGGUUUUUCUUGGUUUUGUUCUUAACUUGAAGGGCCAUGCUGAUCUCUUGCUCAUUGGUGGAGCCUCUAAAUCAAUCAUUUCAUGGACCAAUCCUCGAGCCUACAACCUCCUCUUAAUAAGCAUAGUAGUUAACACCAUAAUCUCGGGUCCUAUUGUUGCCAUGCUAAUACGACGCGAACACAAGUUGUUUUCUCACACGCAGACGUCAUUAGAGCACACGGACCCAACCCACGAGCUUCGCGUCCUAGCGUGCGCCUAUGGUCCUCGCCACCUCUCUGGCUUAUUCCCACUCCUCUCUUCCCUUAGCGGCGGUCACACCUCUCACCUCUCCCCUUUCCUCCUCCACCUCAUCGAACUCUUGCACAAGCGCCGUACCAACCUCUCGUACCACGAGCUCGAACAAGACGAAUUGAGCGACGAUGAAGGCUACGGGGGCAACGAUGUGCUUGAAAUCCAUUGCGCGAUCGAUGCAUUCAUAUCCGACACAAAAAUAUUCAUGUCACUCUCGAAAGCCGUGUCUGCUUUUCCAACAUUGUACGAGGAUGUUUGUAAUGCAGCCGAGGAUUUGAGAGUUGCGAUUGUUAUUCUUCCAUUUCAUAAGCACCAAAGGAUUGAUGGGAAAAUGGAGUGUGGGAAAGAAGGAAUUAGAACAACCAAUCAGAAGAUUCUACGCCACGCGCCAUGUUCUGUUGGGAUUUUGGUGGACCGGGUUCAAACCGGGUUCUUGUCGUUCUCGCAUUUGCUUAUGUCGGAUCACGUGCAGCACGUGGCGACGUUGUUUUUUGGUGGGCCAGAUGAUAGGGAAGCAUUGGCAUGGAGUAGGAGAAUGAUUAGCCAUUCAAGGAUUAACUUGACCGUUAUAAGGUUUGUUCCGACGCCGGCGGUUGAUGACGUGGACGCGGCGGCGGCGUCGACGUCGUCGGAUGAUGGGGUUUUGAUGGCUCUGCCUAGUUUGAGAAGCACUUCUAGUGAAACUGAUAAUACCUUCCUUGCUGAUUUCUAUGACAGACAUGUGUCGACGGGACAAGUAGGAUACGUGGAAAAGCAAGUGAAGAAUGGGGAAGAGACAGUGGCAGAGCUGAGAGACAUAGGAGACAUGUACUCCCUAUUCAUUGUGGGGAAAGGAGGACGAGGCCACUCGCCCUUGACCACUGGGAUGAGCGACUGGGAGGAGUGCCCUGAGCUCGGCACCGUCGGGGACCUCUUGGCUUCUUCUGACUUCAAUAUCAAUGGUUCAGUUUUGGUCGUUCAACAACAUAGACACCAAAAGAAGGACCUCAUUGAUGACUAG